AAUUUGUGCAACUAUCCCCACUUGUUAUCGAGCGAAAACAGCUGAAUUUGUUUGGAUUACGAGAUAGUAAAUAGAAAUAUUGAAAUAACAUUUUUUGGCUGUGAAAUCGUGAAAUUAUGGCGUUCCUACUGCGGCAAGUGGCCAGAACCGGAUUCCAAAGAAAUCUAAUCCUAAUGCGGCAUGCCACCGCCUCCACAUCCGCCAAUCCCGAGCUGAGUGUCCAGGUGAGCGAGAGCUGCUUGAAGCGACUCCGCGAGAUCUGCGUGGACGGAUCCUUUCUGCGUGUGACCGUCGAGGGCGGCGGAUGCUCCGGCUUUCAGUACAAAUUCGAUUUGGACAAGCAGCUGAACGAGGAUGACCGGCAGUUUGGCGAGGGUGAGGCCAAGGUGGUGAUCGAUACCGUCUCGCUGGAGUACUGCAGCGGCGCCACCGUGGACUACCACAGCGAACUAAUACGCGCCGGCUUUCGGAUGGUGGCCAAUCCGCUGGCGGAACAGGGCUGCUCCUGCGGCUCCUCAUUCUCAAUCAAAUUGUAAACUUUAAACUUUAGAGAAUUAUUUAAUACAUAUAGAAUGUUCAGUUA